AUGGAUUCCGUGGAUGAAAGCUCGUCGUAUGUAGCUGCCAAUUCAGUAAGCUCGCUUAUUAUAACUACCGCCCAAGAAUUUAAGAAAUGUUCGGAGCUAGCAAAAACCCAGAGCCUCAUAGAGAGUAUUGGCGAAGAAGUUGAAAGUAAUGCGGCUUUAUUUUGUAAGACUGUAAUGAACUCUUUAAUUGCGAGCAAAAUCAUUGGAGACAGAAGUUCUAGGCUAGUCGCGCAUGUCGAACUUCUUGGAAUAGUAUGCACUGAAAUUGCGGAAUACAGAAAUGUGGUGGAAGUACUUUUGAACUUUGUGAGAGAUAACGAAAACGUUGCUAACGGUCUUGAAAAGACAUUUAGAAGGAUAUAUGAUAAUUUGCAGGGUUGUUCGAAUAAUAUAAGAGAUUCCCUGGAAACCCUUAUCGAUAAAAGGGAAGAGCUGAGACGUUUGCAACAACGUAAAAACAAGUCAGCUACAAAGCGGUUAUUUGGGUUAGGAUUUGGUAUAAUUUCUCUAGUGUCUAGUAUUUUAGGGCCUGAAGUGGUAGUUGCUGAAGCAACUGUGAAAAUAGAGAGUGUAAGUGUAGUUACGGGAGUUUUCGGCAUCAUAACGUUCAUUGAUGCGGCCGCGCGUAUCGAGCAGCUUAAGAAGGAAAUUUAUGAACUGGAAAUUCAAAUAAACAGCCAGAGGACAGUUGAAUCAUUACAUGAAACUUUGAAAAGUGCAACAAUAGGAGUUGGACUAGUGAAAGAUUAUUGGCAAAAGCGCGGUGUCAAGAUUGAAGAACUACUCAAAGAGCUUGACAGCUAUCAACAGCGAGGACAGCACCUCAACGAACUGGAAGCAUGGCGUUUUAGGACAAAAUGGUUAAACUAUCAAAAGGAAUGUGAAGAUUACGUAGAACAACUGUGGAAACACAUCGAAGAACACGUUACAGUGAAGUUUACAUAUUAG